CCCGGGAGAAAUAUGAAAGUGAAAAGUGCAGAGAUAGAACCACGUAAACUAAGUGACUUCCUCACCAAAACGUUAGCUCAGCGCAUAGAAGAUAUACAGCGAUCCUAUUAAAAGUCAUCAAUACAUAUGAAACUUACUUACUAUUUUACAAGUGAGGACUUCAUCUAAAAUGCUUACUUAAGACCUGGCUCUUCAAACAAGCAUAUCCUGAUUAAGAUUGAUCAACGUAAUUUUUUUCGCUUACUCCAACGAAAGGACUAACAUCUGAAACGUCAGUUUCACAAAGCUUUUUACAGUGAUCCAAUUUAUCUACAAGCUAGUUCCUACUGUUUUAUUGAGAAACACCGACACAGUCCAUGCUAGUACUCUACUAGUUACCACCAAAUAAUUUUUGAGGUGAAUUAUUAUUGAAUUGACUUAUUUAUGGUUCACUAUGGCUUACCAAAACAAUAAAAUUGACGACCUACCGCCAAACAUAAAAAAAGAACUUGCCACUGCUCUUGACAGUCGAAACUCAUCUAAUGGCAACUGGCGUGCACUGAUACAAUUGAUGUCACCUACAGUUGUAUAUCAGCGCAGUCAAAUUGAAAGUUUUGCAAUGACCAUUCUACAACCCCAUGGAAGCCCAACUAGAGCUUUGCUCACUGACUUAGCAAUUAGGGGAAUAACUGUGCCACAGCUAGUAAGGUGGAUAAGUCAGCUGCACUCAAGGACACAAAGCCAUCAGCUACAAGCAUUGCUGACAUUGUUUCAACAGAUGCCUUUGGAAAUAAUAAAACAGCCAAAUGAACUGUAUCGGCAGCCUAAAGGAAGUUCUGUUGCAAUACACUGUGAAGCAUCUCCUUCUACCUCACUAUCAUAUCAGUGGUUUAAGAGAAAGGAGCCCCUAGCAGGUAAGACUCAACCAUUUCUUCAGCUGUCAGAUGUUUGUCAGGAAGAUGAAGGUUACUACAUAUGCAGGGUGGCUAACACUACUGGCCAGUAUGUAUUUAGUAAUUGGACCAAAGUGGAGUUGACUGAUUCAGAAAACCAUCUAGCUAAACCUUUAAUCACGACACAACCUCGGUGUACGCAGAUAGCGUUGGGUGGGAUGCUGUGUUUGUACUGUGAUGCAGUGGGUGAUCCAGCACCAGAAUAUCAGUGGUACAGGAAUGAUUGCCCCAUCCCAAGAGCUAAACAGAGAGAAUACAAUAAAACUAACAUGAGUCUCGAUGAUGGAGGAAAGUUUUUCUGUAUUGCUUCAAAUAGCUCAGGACAGACUGUAUCAGAUGUGAUUGAUGUGCUGGUUGUGAAACAUUCAGCACUAUCACCAACAACGACUCGAGGAGUUGAACGUGGAGUUUCCGACAAAAUUGCUCUGCUCAUUGGUAACAAAGAUUACAAGAACGGCAAGUUAAGCAAACUUUAUCAUCCAACGAACGAUGUCUGUGAUUUGGCUGGUAUGCUUAGAAGUAUUGGUUUCAAGGUCGUAUCUCUCGUUGAUCUAACGUUAGCAGAGAUGAGAUUUGCCGUACAACAAUUCUGUAAAUUGCUUGACAAAGACAUGUAUGCUCUUUUCUAUUUUGCUGGUCAUGGUUUUGAAGAUGGGAAUCAAAGUUACUUAAUGCCAGUUGAUGCUUCUAACACGUACGACACCAAGGAGAACUUAAGUGCAUCAGAAGUCAUUCAACCUAUGCAAAGUAGUCAAGCGAAACUCAAUGUUAUUCUCUUGGACAGUUGCAGAACUAGGCCAUCAAGAACAGAAACUCCACGACCGGAUCCUGGUUUAAAUAUUGAAAAAAAGAAUGUUAUCAUCGCUUUUGGUUGCUGUUCAAGAAAACCUGUUUUCGAAAAUGAGGCCAAAACAAAUGGCUAUUUUGCUAUCUAUCUUUUGAAGAACCUGGGAAAAGAGGACGAUGUUGAUGCCGUUCUAAGAGAUGUUAGCCGAGAUAUAGACGAUGAAGAUAUACGAGAUCCUGAGAACGACCAGAAGCAAGUAGUCUUCAGACAAUCAACACUUACUGAAGCCUUGUCACUUCGAGCCCCCUUAAAUCCCAAUGCAAUAAUAAACAGUACUGAUGGCUGGAAAGCUGCACAUGAAAUUCCAGAAACGCCCAUUGAAGUUUUUAAUGAAGAUGGUUGCGUCGUAGACCUUAUGUUUUAUGCAGAGUUUUCAAACGUAUUACUGGUCAAAGCACGUGUUCAAGAAGGAAGCGAAGCAUUUGUCAACUUCACAUUAGACCAAAAGGAAUGUAACGGCUGUGUAAUGGAGCAAAUUACUGAAAAGGAGCCAACGCUGCCAGAUCGAUUUCGUUCCAACCAAGCCAUCAGGAUAAGGGAUCUUCAGCGACUUAAGGGGGAUUUAGUUAUCAAUCUUGAAAUUAGAAUUGAGAAAGAAUCAAAGCCAAAAUCAAUUCAAUACAGAAUGAAGGACAAGCCAUUAUAUGCAAAGAUUGUUCAAGCAUAACUAUCAAAUUUAUUGCAAGAUGUCCAAUGUGUGGUGAAUCACUUUCAAAUAAUCAGUAUAGAAUAGCACAGACAGAAUUUUGGUUUUGUUUAGGUAGAGAACUCACGGUGGAGUGGUUGCAGGUUGAAUGCUACUGUAAAAGUACAAUUUCCCCGUGUGCCCAACAUUGCAACAGCAGUGAGUCAGGUUGCGCUUACAAAAAAUCAGCAUCAAAUCUUAAUAACCCAUCCCCCUAGACAUAAUUAGUUCGAUAUUGGUCCGCGACAACAACGCUCUCGGACAUUCCAUACUGUAUAUAAGGUUAACUUCGGGACAGGUUCGGCAGAAUAUCUGCAUAAACACAAUGACCAAUACUAUUAAAAUGUGUGUUAAACGCCUCAGCAAUGUCGGGUGCCCAGUUGAGGGUUUGAUCAUCUAUUUUUUA